UACGUUAGCACACUGCCUUCUGAACUUCACUUCUUCAUCCUCCCUUUAAUUUGUCCCUUUUUCUCUCUCUCUGUUGGUCUCAUCAAACGUAAAAAAAGAAGAAGAAAUUCUGUCCUCAAGGAACACGUUAAUCAUCUGCAGAAAGUAUAAGAAGGUGGCGAGAUUUGCUUUAUUCUUCCUCUUAAAUGCAAACUUUACGUUUCAUAGUUGAAGAACAACAACAUGAUCAGCAAAAACUGGGUGGGUUGUCUCCUAAUUUUCUUUCUUCUGUUUUCUGGAUCAUUAUUCUCGUUGGCUUCUGCAACACCACCCGCAAAAAUUGUCAGUGGCAUUGCGUCGAACAUUGCGUCUGCACUUUUCAAAUGGCUGUGGUCUCUUAAACCCGCUACCAAAAUCGGCAUGGCUGUUUCGAGUCGCUCAAUGGUGAACUACGAAGGUGGAUAUACUGUAGAAACUGUGUUUGAUGGAAGCAAACUCGGGAUCGAACCUCACUCUGUGGAGGUAACUCCAUCUGGGGAGCUUCUUAUCUUAGAUUCGGAAAACAGCAAUAUUCACAAAAUCUCAACACCUUUAUCAACAUAUAGCAGACCAAAGCUUUUGGCUGGUUCAGUUGAAGGGUAUUUUGGUCAUAUUGAUGGUAAGCCAAGAGAAUCCCGGAUGAAUCACCCGAAAGGACUUACUGUGGAUGACAGAGGAAAUGUCUAUGUAGCUGACACCAUGAAUAUGGCUAUCAGAAAGAUCAGCGAUUCAGGGGUUGUAACUAUAGCUGGAGGAAAUUGGGCACGUGGGACAGGUCACAUUGAUGGUCCAAGUGAGAAUGCAAAAUUUUCAGAUGAUUUUGAUGUGAAGUAUGUUGCUAGUAGUUGCUCAAUUUUAGUAAUUGAUAGAGGAAAUCAAGCAAUUCGAGAGAUCCAACUUCAUGAGGAUGAUUGUUCUUCGUAUCAAUAUGAUGGAGAACACCAUUUAGGAAUAGCAGUUCUUGGUGCUGCUGUGUUCUUUGGUUUCAUGUUAGCCUUGUUACAAAGAAGAAUUUGUGCAAUGUUUUCAUCAGAAAGUGAUCCAAGACCAAAUAUGAGCAACAUUCCUCCAACGUAUCAAAGAUCAGUCAAAGUCAAAUCAGUAAGGCCACCUUUAAUUCCACCAGAAGAAAACGAACACGAAAACGAAGAAGAAGAAGAAGUUUUAUUUAAUUCACUUGGAAAACUUGUUAUCAAAACCGGAACAACUCUAUUCUCUAAUACUUCCAAAAAGAAACAACUCCACCCUCAACUUCACAUGAAUUACCAACAACCCCCUCAACUUUCCAACACUUGGCCUAUGCAAGAAAGCUUCAUGAUUCCCCAUCAAGAUGCUCCUCCACCACUUGAAACCCCAAAACCAUAUGAGCCCACGGAAAGACCUCGACCUUCUAAGCAAACCCGGUAUCUUUACAAUGGGCAAAAUGGUCAAUACUUCAAUUUACAACAACCAAUGCACCCAGUACAACAUCAACAUCAACAUCGUCAACAACACCAUCAGAAACAUUAUUCAACGGGUCCCGAGACUUAUAUUGAGGAGAAAAGUGAAACAAAUGAGGUUGUUUUUGGGGCGGUUCAAGAGAAAGAGGGGAAGCAUGAGGCGGUGGUGAUUAAGGCGGUUGGUUAUAACAACCACCACCCGAAUUAUGGGAACCAAAAUGUCCGAUCAAGGUAUAACUACAUGGGUUAUGCAUAUGGUGAGUACUCGUGAUAAGUUUCUUCAUGUUUUGUAAGAACAUGUAUGAGUAUGAUAUGAUUAUAGCCUUAUAGGUAUGUUGUAGUAUAGAAGUUUAAUGUUAUUCGUGUAGUUGUAAUAUUUUAUUUUCCGUAG